CAGCGCGGGCAGGUUCCCUACUGCCCGGUCCCAUUUGUUGCCUAUUCUGGCUCCGGGCGGCCGCGGCGUGCGGAGCUCCGGGGAGCCCCGGCGGGGCAGCUGCACAGCCACGACGGAGCAGCCGCGGGACUGGCCGCCCCGCGCCCCCUUCGCCGCCGUGCCCUUUCCCGGCGCGCUCACCCCCUUCUCGGGAUGGGAUUGUAGCGGCGGCGCGGACUCGGCGGGGAUCGCGGCGGAGGCGGCGGCGGCCGAGCGGGGCUCCAUGUUUUCCCCCGGCCAGGAGGAGCACUGCGCCCCCAAUAAGGAGCCGGUGAAAUACGGGGAGCUGGUGGUAUUGGGGUACAAUGGUGCUUUACCUAAUGGAGACAGAGGCCGGAGGAAAAGCAGAUUUGCUCUCUAUAAGCGGCCCAAGGCUAAUGGAGUCAAACCCAGCACGGUCCACGUGAUCUCCACCCCGCAGGCGUCAAAGGCUAUCAGCUGCAUAGGUCAACACAGCAUAUCGUACACUCUAUCAAGGAAUCAGACUGUGGUGGUCGAGUACACACAUGAUAAAGACACGGAUAUGUUUCAGGUGGGCAGAUCAACCGAAAGCCCCAUUGACUUCGUCGUUACAGACACCAUUUCUGGCAGUCAGAACAAUGACGAAGCCCAGAUUACACAAAGCACCAUAUCCAGGUUUGCCUGCAGGAUUGUCUGUGACAGGAAUGAACCUUACACAGCACGGAUAUUCGCAGCCGGAUUUGACUCUUCCAAAAACAUAUUUCUUGGAGAAAAGGCAGCCAAAUGGAAAAACCCGGAUGGCCACAUGGAUGGGCUCACUACAAACGGCGUCCUGGUGAUGCAUCCAAGAGGGGGUUUCACUGAAGAGUCCCAGCCCGGGGUCUGGCGCGAGAUCUCCGUCUGCGGAGACGUGUACACCUUGCGAGAAACCAGGUCGGCCCAGCAGAGGGGAAAGCUGGUGGAAACUGAGACCAACGUCCUGCAGGACGGCUCCCUCAUCGACCUGUGCGGGGCCACUCUUCUCUGGAGAACAGCGGACGGCCUUUUCCACGCUCCCACGCAGAAACACAUAGAGGCCCUGCGGCAGGAGAUCAACGCCGCGCGCCCGCAGUGCCCCGUGGGGCUCAACACGCUGGCCUUCCCCAGCAUCAACAGGAAGGAGGUGGUGGAGGAAAAGCAGCCCUGGGCGUACCUCAGCUGCGGCCACGUACACGGCUACCACAACUGGGGCCACCGGAGCGACACGGAGGCCAACGAGAGGGAGUGUCCCAUGUGCAGGACUGUGGGCCCCUACGUGCCUCUGUGGCUUGGCUGUGAGGCAGGAUUUUACGUGGACGCAGGACCGCCCACGCACGCCUUCACCCCGUGUGGACACGUGUGCUCAGAGAAGUCUGCAAAAUACUGGUCUCAGAUCCCGUUGCCUCACGGAACUCACGCAUUUCACGCUGCCUGCCCUUUCUGUGCCACGCAGCUGGUUGGGGAACAGAACUGCAUCAAAUUAAUUUUCCAGGGUCCAGUGGACUGACGCCCUUGACAGCCAUCGACGACUUUAUUAAACAACUUACUGUGAAGAUUUUUGCCACUAACUCUAGAUUUUACCUUUUUAUAAAGCUGUUUAUUAAGGGGGGAGGGGAGGGCCCGAGGCUGGGAGAAAAGGGGACAUAGUGAUGAAACAGACCCGGAGUUGAACAGCUAGCUGUGGUCUGUUGCAUGCUCCAGACAGCGGCCUCGUCAUGGAAGUCGGCUUGAUUAAAACCACACUGUCUUUAUAAUAUUUGGAUUUAAAAUGCCAUGCUUUUAUUUUAACCUUGGGUUUGUAAACAAGGUUUUUUUUUUUUCCUUUGAAGACUUGGAUAAAACUUUAAAUCAUAUUGAAAUCAUACAAACGAAGAAAUUUAUUCAAAAGUCGUUGACUCUUAAUGGGCAGCCUUCCGUGCUAUGGGGUGUAGGUGUUAACCUGAAAGACAUGCAGUGUCUGGAAAUACUUGAUACAGGCUAGAUGGAAUCUGACCAGAUACCAAAGGGGCGGCUCUUUAAAAUGGUGAACCCCGAGACGUUAGGCACAGGUGGUGGUUUUGAAAUCUGGGCUGUUUUCUGAUUUAUUUUUCUUACUUUCGGUGGGGGGCGGGGUGGGGGUAUAUUCAUAUGUUGUCAUGUUUUCUUUUUAUUAACGUUGGUGGAAUUGAAUUCUUUUAUACACACAGUCACCAAAUACCAUGGCAUUUCAAACAAUUUUCCAUAACUUUUUAGUCUGCCUGUGUAUGUCCACUGUGGUUUGUCCCUGAUACUCACCUUGCAUGGCCCGAACUGUUUGAUGAAAAUGUAGCAGCUCUUAAAAAUUCAUUCACUGGGGGUAAUUAUUGCAGCAGUAAACAUGGCCUAGGUCUUAUAAUACCAAGUUUAUUUGCUUACCGAAUUGUUUAAUAUUUAAGAGUGAUUAAAAAUGAGAUUUUACUUUUUAAAACCA